CUCCGCCUUCCCCACCACAUCUCCUCGCAGUCCCAGAUCCAGCGUCAAAGAUGGCUGAGCAAGACCUUAUGGCCGGCAUGGCCCACUCUGAAGCGCACUACUUUAACAGCUACAACCACCAUGGCAUCCACGAGGAGAUGCAGAAAGACGAAGUGCGCACGCGCUCGUACCGCGACGCCAUUUACCAGAACGGCCACCUCUUCAAGGACAAGGUUGUCCUGGACGUCGGAUGCGGUACAUCCAUCCUUAGCAUGUUCGCCGUGAAGGCUGGCGCGAAGCACGUUAUCGGCGUUGACAUGUCGACCAUUAUCGAGAAGGCUCGUGAAAUCGUCGCCGCCAACGGCAUGUCCGACAAGAUCACUCUGCUGCAGGGCAAGAUGGAGGAGGUUGAGCUGCCCUUCCCCAAGGUCGACAUCAUCAUUUCCGAGUGGAUGGGCUACUUCCUGCUCUACGAGAGCAUGCUCGACACCGUGCUCUACGCCCGCGACAAGUACCUGGCGCCCGGUGGUCUGAUUUUCCCCGACAAGGCCACCAUCUACAUGGCUGGUAUUGAGGACGGCGAGUACAAGGACGAGAAGAUCGGAUUCUGGGACAAUGUUUGGGGCUUCGACUACACUCCCCUGAAGAAGACGGCCAUGACUGAGCCUCUUGUUGACACCGUUGACAUGAAGGCUGUCGUCACCGACCCGGCUGCUGUUUUCAACAUCGACCUCUACACGGUUAAGAAGGAGGACCUUGCUUUCAACGCCGAGUACUCCCUCAAUGUUCGCCGCAGCGACUUUGUUCACGCCAUCAUUGCAUGGUUCGACAUUGACUUUACCGCGUGCCACAAGCCCAUUCGCUUCUCUACUGGCCCUCACACCAAGUACACGCACUGGAAGCAGACUGUCUUCUACCUCGAGGACACUCUGACUGUCGAGACUGGUGAGAAGAUCGUUGGCCGCAUUGACAACAAGCCCAACGAGAGGAACCCCCGUGACCUCGAUAUCGCCAUCAGCUACAAGCUCGAGACCGAGGACAUGCACCGCCAGGCCCAAGGUGAUGGUUCCUACAGAAUGUGCUGAUGAAAUCAACCCGGAUUGAUUUCACAUCACGGUCUUCACUCCGUCCUGAGCAGAAAUGUAAAGGACGUUGAGUUCACGUCGCUCACCCAGCAGUUGCACCCAUAGCGCUGGGAUGGCUGGACGUUUUUCAUAGAUGCAUGGCACCUUGGCGUUACAAAGCAGCAACAGGUUUGGCGGUACAUGAAGGUUCAUCUUGGUCCAAGAGGAGGAAGGUCAUACCUGGAAGCAAGGUUAAUGCUCGGUCAUGAAGCCCCUCACAGGAUCAUCAAGGAAUUCAGGAAAAGUUAUCAAGUUGGCAUAGGCAGAAAUGCGAUACCGCCCCGAAAUUAUGGCUCUCUCGAAGACACU